CAUGCAACGUAUCCAACAACACCUGCGUGUUUGACUACCGAAACACCCCUCUUUCUGCGCGGCGCUUGAUAAAACGCGACAGUUCCUCAUUGUAUUUGUAUGGCGAAGGGUCACGUUCCUGCUCUCUCGAACAAAUAAUUUCAUUUUUAAUCUUUCAAAUAUUUCGUUUAAUUAUAAAAAAUUGUCAUUAAAUGAUCUAGCGCGCGGUUUUAGUUUUUUCGAUCACGUGACCGUAAAAUAUCGAAUAUCGAUGUUGAUCGAUAAGCCGAAGGAUAUUUGAAUUGAUUUUUAUUCUACAGUAUGACAUCGCUAUGUGAUGCUCACGAUUAUUAUAAAAAAAUGCUCGAAUUGCAGAGUAAAUUGCGUAAAAGCGAAGAAGAAAGGAUACGAUUGGAAGAACGUUUUAAUUUAUUGGUACAAGAAUCUCGUAACAGACGAGAUACUUGUAUAAGCCGAUUGCGAAUGAAAUAUAUAGAAUUUUUAGAAGAACAAAGAAUAAGGGAUGAAAGAAACCACAAACUUCUUGGCGCAUUGGAUAGGGUCGACAAUAGUCUUUCAUUAAUGACCGCAAAAACGGAAAAACUUCAUCUUCUUAGAAAACAGUACGAAACAUAUUUAUUGCGUAAUUACGCGAAUCGUCCAAAUCCAGGUAGCAUAACUGGCGACAGUGGAGUUACAAGUCAAAUCGAUGAAGGAUAUUCGAAGAAAUCUAUCGUCCAAUCUAAUCAUCAAGUAAAUCCAAACAUUCCUUUUUCUACUAUUCAAUUAAAUACCAAAAUGAGAGAUAAUCCAUUGAGAAGCGAACAAUUGUUGCAUGUACCAAAUUUACCAAGAACGAGAAUCGUUACAUCCCCUAAUACUUUAUACCACAAGAUCAAUGUUCCUCAAAGAAGUUCUGAAUACGAAAGAAAUGUUAAUUCUUCACCGAGAGAUGUUAAAAAUAUAAAUCAACGUUUGCAAUUGCCGCAAAUGUUAUCUCAGAUCAAUCAACCGGAUCAAUCGUCGUUAAAUCUUGAAAAUAAUGACUACUUGCAAGCUCAGUAUUUGCCUGCAUCGAUUUUAGAAAACGUGGCCUUGAAUCGAUCACAUAUUUCGCAAUAUAAUAAAUUAUCAACAAGUCAUAUGGAACCAAACCAAAAUGUUACACGUCUUGUUAUUAACGAACCUUCGAUUAAUGACAACAUCUUACACCGUGAUUCAAUGAAUGUUCCGUUAAAUCAAAUCCCGUCGACGUUUACUCAACGUCAAUCUAAUUUAUCGCACACGUUAUACCGUGAUACCGAUUUAAAUAAAAAUAUUCCAAGAUCGGCGAAUUUUAGUAACUUAGCAUCAAUCUCUAGUUUGGGAUCAGUGCCAAGAAAGAUUCUAAAAGCUGAUUCACCUCAUAGAAUGCCGAUAGAAGUGUCUCCAAGAUCUUUCAAACAAAUUGAUUAUUUCUCGACCUAUAAACCAACGGGAUAUUCCUACAAAGAUUUCAAAUCUAAAGAAAUUCCAACGGAAUAUUUAUCACGAGAUAAUUCACUUUAUCGUAAUGUUCCAAACUUAAGUAAUAUUAACUUGGGAAGAAAAAUGCAUGGAUUAUCGAAUAUUCCAAAAAAGAAUUCGGAUUUGGAUGAAGAGAUCAGGACUACGAGAAAAUUGGAAAACGAGUUGGAUAGAUACAUCGAUAAAAUUCAUAAUCUUCAUCGAGAAUUGGAUGUACAAAGUUUGGAUGAACAUGACUAUGAACAGAAUACAAGUGGUGAUCUUCUUAAUAUUACGCUUUCCGAUGAUGGAAUAGAUUAUCCUACGGAUAAAGUUAAAGAUGAACGUGCGUCUCAAGAAGUUGCGAAGGUUCUAGCCUUGGCUGAUGAACUUGCAUCUAAAAAGCCUAUCGUUAAAGAAAUAGAAUUAUCUUCCGAUGAUAAAGAUAAAGAAAUUAAUGGAGUUGUACCUAAAAAUGAUAGAAAUACAAAUCUUAAUUCUGAAACGAGAUACGACGUACUUUCCGAUCAGACAUUAGAAACAUCUGCACAGUUGCAGAAGGAUGAUAUUAAUAAUGAUGAUAUUAAUAAUGAUGUUGCAUCGCAUGAUCUAGAAUUAGAACAAGUAGACCAAAAUAUUCAAGGCCUUGAGAAUGAGAACUGGAAUAAUACGAAAGUUAAAAAUACACGAGAUUCAAAUGAAAAUGAGAAAACGAUCCUACAAAAUAGUGCAGAUAUAACAGUUGAAAGUAGUACAACUGUAGUAAAAGAUCAGAAAGAAGAUAAUGCAUUGAAGAAAGGAGAGGAAUUAGAAAUUUUAGAACAAUUUGUUAACGCUGAAUAUUUGAAUCCUUGGGAUGUUCAAAGUAUGACAAAACAAAUUCUAGAAAUACAAUUAGAUGAUACAAAUAAAAAUAAUAAUGAUAAUGAAACGGUGAUCGCUACUGAAAAUGAUCACGAAAAACAGAUUACAGAAACAUUAAUAAUAGAAAAGAAUGAAACAACGCCACCUGAAAAUACAAUUGUCGACGAAAUUGGUCCAAUUGAACAGCAAGAUAUGAAUAAAGAUUCAGAGAUAAUUAUGAAUAGGGAAGAUUUUAAUGAUGAAAACGACAAAAUACAGGAACAAGUUAAAGAUAUUCCAGAUAAAAACGAUUAUCUGGAAUAUUCGAACCAGCCUUAUGAAGAUGAGAUAGGCGACACUAAAAUAGAAGUCAUUGAAGAAGAAAAUAAUCAAAUAAUUGAUGAUAAUCAGCAAGAACAAUUGCAACAACAGAAUGCGUCAGACGAGUAUUAUGCUUCGGGUGAACAAAACGUUCAAGAAUUCGAUCAAGAAGCCACAUAUAAAACUGAGGUAAAUGAAGAAUUUAUAGAUCCAAAUCAACAGUAUAAUUAUGAUCAAAAUGCGUUAGAUGAAGAUAAUAUUAAUCAAGAGUAUGAAUCACCGAUUACUUAUCAAAAUGUCAACCAAGAAUAUGAAUCAUCUAUCGCAGAUGAAAAUGCGAUAAAGACACAAGAAGUAUAUCCGGAACAAUAUGAAGAAUAUCCAGAACAAGAAUCUGGGCAAGAAUAUAUAGAAGAGAAUCAAGAAUAUCGCGAGGACAAUGUGUACGAUGAAAAUUACGAUAAUAAUCAAAUAAAUGAUAAUGUAACGAAUGAAGAAUACUUGGAGGAACAGUACACUACUGUGGAAACUGUUCAAGAUCCUAUUAAUACAGAAACUAAUUACAACGUUGAUAAUACAGAAGCUCAAGACGUAAUAAACAAUGUAGAAAAUAAUGAAAUAGAAAAAGAAUCAAUAGAUCAAAAUAAUAUUGUUAGUGAUCAUGAUCAACAAUCUAUACCCGUAGAACAAACAAUUCAAUCAAAGAAAAAGAAAGAUCUAAUUAAUUCUUUAUUAGAUUCUGAUACGGAAAGUACGAUUGAAAGAAACGUUUCUAAUACUGAAAGUGAUUUUGAUUUUCAGUAAAGUUUGCUUUAAAUGAUAGCGCGAAUAUAUAGUUCUAAAGAUAUUAAAUCAUAGAAUAGAUCAUGUAUUUAUAUACGAUUAGUAUAAUAUAUUUAAUCAUUGAUUGAAUAUGAGAAAUAAACAUUUUGUUUCCAUUGAAAUAAUAUAGUCAAUUUUCUUAUGGUUUUGUUAAAUGUUUGUAUAUGUUUCAUUUGUUUUUUAUUAUCAAAUAAUUAGUGCAAGAAUAAUCUAUGAAGUUUAGAUUUGAAAUUAAAUUCAGGGAUGACAAUUGUAUACUAAAUGUCUGAAAAUAGGAAUAAUAUUUGGCAUGUGCGAGGAAUACAUAUGUGAUAUUUACUUGAUAUGGAUUUUCAUAGUCGGACAGGUGUGAGUCUGCGCUAGUCGAGUGUCGUGGUUAACACAGCAUCGUAUCGUGCGACCAAUCACAAAUCGUGAUGCACGCGUCUCACCAUAAACAGUGCUGUAAUAAUUGUUUUUUAAAACACCCAUAAGUUAUAUUCGGAAGUAAUAAUUUUUAUGCAAAUAAAUAUCAUAUAUAUAUAGUUACAAAUUUAAUUAAACCAAUUUGAAAAUAAAAAUAAUAUAUGUUACAAAUUUAUCGUAUAACACGUCUGUAUAUCGAAUAGUUUAAAGUGUUUGUAAUAGUAUUAUUAAAAUUAUAGAUUUGUUUGUACAUAGCAUAUUUUUAAUAGUAUAAAUUUUGUCGAUAAAAUAAUUUUGUUGAUAUAAUAAAUUUAUUUGAUUUUAAAAAAUAGCGAAAGGUGAGGUUUUGGAAUAAUUCGAUACGGUCCUGACCGCAUACACAGUAACUCUGGUAUGCAGUAGUGACAGUCGCUGACCAGCAGCACGCUCCAGCGUGUGUUGUGUAUAAUCGUUCUUCAUUUUUCGAUAGUUUUUUUCGUCAAAUAUUCUGCAUAAAGAAUUUGAAAUAAUUCUAAUUGUGUCGUAAAUAUUAAUAAGAAGAAAUAGAAGUUGAAAAUUUUUGAAUAAACGCACAUAUGAGUGCUUCCAUAUGACUGUAAAAUCAGAGAAAUAGAAGUACGCAAUAAUUUGUUGUGUUGUCUGAUAUCAAGACGAGAAAAAUAAUAAAUACUUACGUAGUUGUUUAGAAACGCGCGCUUAUUUUAAUUUGAUUAUUCAAACGCAACGUGAUUGGUCGACAUUUUUACCGGCUUUCAUGUCGUACGUUUAAUACAUUGUGAUCUCAACGUUUGUCAAUUUUACACUUUGAUUAUUUGUUAUUAAAAAAAAAAA